UAAAGUGCGAGAGCAAUGUGGGCACUGCAAGGCUGUUUAAAAGCUAAUGGAGUUUCCUGAAGGGACCAGCUCGAAGUUAGCGAACACAGGCUUAAGAUUUUCUUACUCAUACUCCACUGUGGCACACAGGCAGCGCUAACUAUCAAGGGAUUUGAUUUUCGGUUUGAAGAGCAAGAUGAAGUUUUUUCUUCUGAUGAUUUUCUACUUGAUCAGUUCCCCUGUAGCUAAAUGCCAUCAUGAUCGUAGCAGUGAUUCAGACAGUGAUGAGAGAGGCAAUUGGUACCCGGGCUUUCGGCCCAAGCCUAUUCCUCCCUGGCCUUCCUUCCCUUUCUGGCCUCUGUUUCCUGGUCUGUGGCCGAAGCCACCACCCGUUCCUGCCCCUCCUCCACCGCCACCUCCACCUCCACCUCCACCUCCACCUCCAGCACCAAAACCAAACCCAACCCCAAAACCAACUCCAACCCCAAAGCCAACUCCAACCCCCAAACCAACCACAACCCCAAUCCCAACCACAACCCCAAAACCAACCACAACCCCAAUCCCAACCACAACCCCAAAACCAACCACAACCCCAAUCCCAACCACAACCCCAAAACCAACCACAACCCCAAUCCCAACCACAACCCCAAAACCAACUCCAACCCCAAUCCCAACCACAACCCCAAAACCAACCCCAAUCCCAACCACAACACCAAAACAAACCACAACCCCAAUCCCAACCACAACCCCAAAACCAACCACAACCCCAAAACCAACCCCAAUCCCAACCACAACACCAAAACAAACCACAACCCCAAUCCCAACCACAACCCCAAAACCAAUCCCAACCACAAAACCAACCACAACCCCAAAACCAACCACAGUUGCUGAGACCCCGCGAGGAGACAACAGAUGA